AUGAACCUCCUACUCCUAACCUUCACCCUCCUCACCACCCUGACCACAGCAACCCCGACCCCCCGGCAGGACUCCCUCCUCUGGCCCUACGCAACCUACCGCUACUGGGUGCAAACGGGUAACUGGGUGCUGGACCCGCAGGACCAACUCCUGGUCGUCAAGAACGGCAACGCAGCAGACGAAACGACCAGCAUCGUCACCUUCGACAUCCCCGCCACUGCUGACGGCCACAAAUGCAAGCUUCUGUUCGAUCUCUGGGACCGCGACGUCUCCACCGGCUCACAGCUGGCCGACGUGUUCACCGCCACGAAGCCCACCGGUGCCAGUGCCAGUGCGUCGGACUCGGGCGCUCGCUGCAGUCUGUGUCGAAGCAGGUGGCCGAGGUCAUCGUCCAGUCUAGGGACGAGCAUGUCGGUCGGAUUCAUGUUCCCAAGCCCGGCACUGCGGACUGGGUGUUGGCUUACCAGGGGUAUCCUGAGUUUGAUUGUCCCGCUGGGCAGAUGA